ACGUCCCUUUUCUUAAGUUAAACCCCCUUCUCUCACUCUCUGUCUCUCUCUGGAUUUGGUGAGUUCGAUCGAGCCCUAGGCGAUCGAGCUGCAUUGCGAUCCGAAGGAGCCUCUUAGUUGCACGUUUCUGGAAGCAUCGUUGCCCCAUCGCGCCUUGGAGCCUCGUCAGCGGCAGUCUCCUCCGCCCUCGCUUGCUCGCCAAGCGCUAGAUCCGGAGUUUGGCGAAGGCGUCGGUUGAGCUGCGUGCCCUUUUUGUCUGCUCCUACGCACGCGCACUCUCUUCUUCUUCCUUGAUUUGUUUAUACCAGUGUAUUCUCUGAGCUUAGGUUGAUGGUUGGAACAAAUCUCAAGCGGCUGGGACUUUUACAGGAAAAGGAUCGAGUUUUGGCCAGUUGACUGAUUUCUUUGACUAUUCUAGGGACACAGUUCAUGGUCUUGUACGAAUUGAUUCAAGGAAGCAAUUAGGAAGAAGAAAAAAGGUGCUUUUUUUAUUCACCCGAUAUUUAGUGCUUCAGGAAAAAUGUCGAGGAUUCCUAAAUGGAAGAUUGAAAAGACAAAAGUGAAAGUCGUCUUCCGCCUACAGUUUCAUGCAACACAUAUUCCACAACAAGGGUGGGACAAGUUGUUUAUAUCUCUUAUCCCCAUCGAUGUGGGCAAAACAACUGCAAAAACAAAUAAAGUUAAUGUCAGAAAUGGGAGCUGCAAGUGGCCAGAUCCGAUCUAUGAAACUACAAGACUUCUCCAGGAUGCAAAGACUAAAACAUAUGAUGAGAAGCUGUACAAUCUUCUGGUGGCUACGGGGUCUUCCAGGUCAAGUUUCCUUGGAGAAGUUAAUAUCAACCUUGCAGACUUUGCAGAUGCAUUAAGACCUUCAUCUGUUUUGUUACCUCUUACUAAUUGUGAUUUUGGAACAAUUUUACAUGUCACAGUCCAACUUCUUACUUCCAAAACUGGUUUCAGAGAAUUUGAGCAGCAAAGGGAACUGAGUGUAAGGGGGAUUCAGAUGAUAUCUAGCAAUAAAAAUUUUCCGGUUGAUACCGAAGCUGCAUCACCAGAGAUAGUUAAUGAAGUAGCAGAAAAGGCUAAUCUGAGAGUCAGAUUUAAACAAGAUAGAAUGAAGCUUCCUUCACUUGAACAAGUAGGAGAAUCAAAUGAAGAGUAUGAAGAUUCAGCCGGUGGGGUGGAUGGCUCAUCCUUCACAUCUGAAAGUUUAAAUGCUGAAAAGAAUGAACUUCAAGGCAUGCAUGAAAUAGAUAGCUUCAGUAUUAACUCUGCUGAUUUGCCCCUUAGCCAGAGGCCUUUGCCUGGAAAUGAGGAACCCAGUCUCAGUCAGCUCUCUGCACAGGGGAGGAACGAUUGGACACAUGGAUGGAGUUCGAAUUUUUCUGUUGAUAAUGAUCUAACUACAGCUUAUGGAGAGAACAACCGAUUCAGAGUGAGAUUGGAAGUCGCAGAGUCAGCAUUUUUACAGCUUAAGUUGGAAGCAAGGUCAUUACAGCGAAUUACAGAUGAAUUAGGUGCAGAAACUAAAAGCUUAUCCGAACAACUUUUACUUGAGCUAGCUUCAGGAGAACAAUUGAGUCGGGAAGUGUCCUUGUUAAAAUCAGAGAAUGCAAAGUUCAGAGAUGAACUGGAAGCCUUAAAAUCUUCCAAAGCUAUGCUUCAAACACUUGACAGGAGAGCUUCUAGUCCUUUGUCGUCAAACACGAACCAGGAAGAUGAUUUAGUUGAUAGUAAGCUUCAGGAUGAUUUUACAGCUGCUGAAACUCACUUCAUGUACCAUGAUUUGCGGAUCAAAUGGCUUGAGAGUCUACUGCUAAUUGAGAGCAAUGUCCAGGAAAUCCGAAAUAAGGCUCGUUUAGGGUAUUGUGGAAGUGAUUUUGAUUUACUGGGUUCUGAUUUUGAGUUUCUAGGAUGUUUAAUCAGUGACCUUAAAAAAGAUAUUAUCCAAGUAAAGAGUUUUGAGAAAUCUUAUGGAGAUAACACAUAUCUUGGGGGUGCAGUUCAUUGCCUGAAUUCUCGUGUUGCAUAUCACCAGUACGACACACUUAAGAAAGAUAUUGAAGUGCCAAGUUUAAGAGGGGUUGAUAGGUUUGACCUUUUAACAAAACUAGAGCAUUCAACAAUGGAAAAAGAAAGUCUUACCAAAAAGUUAGAGCAGAUGCAAUGUUACUAUGAAUCACUAAUAUUGGAAUUGGAGGAAAACCAGAAGCAGACAGUUAAGGAACUGGAAAAUCUCAGAAAUGAACACUCCUCCUGUCUGUACUCAACAUCUCUUCUUCAAAACCAGAUUGAAAAAUUGAAUCAAGAGAUGAAUGAACAGUAUAUGGCUCUUUCUGAAGAUAGGAACAACUUAGAAUCUCAAAAUAGAGAAUUUGAGAGAAGGGCUAUUGCUUCAGAAACUGCACUAAAUAGGGUUCGCUGGAACUAUUCAAUAGCAGUUGAUCGCUUGCAAAAAGAUCUUCAAUUACUAUCUUUCCAAGUUUUGUCUAUGUAUGAGACAAAUGAAAACCUGGCAAAGCAAACUUUGCUUGAUGAUAAGCACUAUGAUGAUGAAUGGUCAGAUGAGGCCAUGACAUAUAAGGAUGGCAUUGUGACUACAAUCAAUCAUGAAAACUACCAGUCGAUCAUUUCAGGAGUUCAGAUGAACAAUGGACUUCAUGAAACCAGUCACAAAUAUUCUCCUCAUAGUGGGACAUCCACAUCUGUUUCCUGUAAAGACAGUGGAAAACCCCUCAUGCAGUUGCAAAGUAAGGAUGAUGUGCAUGUAGAUGGAUUUGGUUUAUAUAAGAUUAGACAACAGGCUCCUAUUUUUACUCAGGUUAACAACAUCCCUACUGCUGAUCUAUCCACUGUGAAACAUAUAGAUGAAUUUUCUUCUAGAUCAUUACUGGAUGAUGCCGUGUUAAGCAGUCAAAGGAAUGGUUUAUAUGCUGAAGCAGACAGACAAAACAUGACUGAUGCAGAUGACAUACAGGAGUUGAGAAAAUCACUUCAGAGGUUGGAAGUACUUCAUUCUGAUACUGAAGCUGAAGCUUUGGAAAUGUAUUUUCUUAAUGUGAAUUUAAGGGUUUUCUCUGAUGUUUUACUUGGGGCAUUGCAUGAUGUAUAUGAUGGCGUCCAGCAUAUGAAAGAAAAAGUGCUUGAACUUGCACAACAGCUACAGCAUGCUACAGAAGGUAAGGAGAAUUAUGUGCUUAAGCUGCAUAAAGCAGUUGAGGAUUCAAGAAUACUGAUGGAUGAUAAUGCCAAAUGCAUCUCUAGAUGCGAAGAUCUAACACUGAAGAACCAGAUUUUGGAAGCAAAACUCGAAGAUGUCUUAUGUGAAAGUACUUUUCAUAGUGAGAAAAUUGCAAAAUACGAGAAGAUGUUUGCGGAAUUUCAAGCUUAUGAAACAAUGUACAAUGCAUGCAUCGAAGAAAGGAACAAGUUCAAAAGUAUGUUGAACAAGGAAAGCCAACAGAAUCAAUGUCUUCAGACUGAAAUGAGAUCAAUGAAUUCAGAUUUCAAAUUACUAAAGGAAGAAUUUGACAAGGCUGCUUCUGAAAAUGAUAAAAUGCAAACCUGUAUCGCUAAUAUUCAAGAGAAAUUAAGACAUUUAUCUGCUUCGAUGAUUUCUUGCAAUGAGCAAAUAAAUUGUUUUGCUCUUGAUGACAUCUCUGUAUCACAUCAAUUGGAAGCCGGAAAUUAUGUGCAAGUUAUUGCAAGUCUGGAACAGUUCCAGCAAGAAGUGACAGAGAAGAUACUUCAGUUGCUUAAAGAGAAUAUGAAUAUAAAGGAAGAGAGAGAUAUUUCUCAGAGAUCUCAAAACAACACAGAACUAAAUUAUCUGAAUAUGAAGCAGAAGUUUGAAUUUGAUAUAAAUGCAGUAACUGAAAAGCUAGUAGUGUCCAAUGAUUUGGUUGAAAAGCUUCAAAAAGAACUACAAAAUGCUUCCGAGAAGCUUAAGAUCAGUUCAGAUACUGAAGAGAAAACCGAAUUUAUCAAUAGAGAACUGUCGUCAAAAUUGGCAACCUUAGAAAUGGAAUUGCAGCAGGCUAUUGAAGAGAACAAGGAUCUAGUUAACCAGCUAAUUCUACUAGCAGGUGUCAAGGAGGAUCUUGAAAAAACUCAGAUCAGUCUUACGUAUUGUAUGGAAGAGAAGAGGAGUUUGUUGAUGUCUAUACAGUCGAAGAAUGAGGCUUCCACCCAAAUGGAAAAUGAGAUUUACAGUUUGAAACAAAGUCUGCAACUCAUCCAGAGAGACAUGCAGACAGAGAAAAGAAUGAGAAAGGGACUUGAUGAUGCAGUUGCAAGCCUUUCAGCACAGUUGGAGGAAAAAGAAUGUCAGCUGUUAUCUUUAUAUGAAGGAAAAAUGGAAGUGGCACAGCUGCAGGAUAUGAUUUUGGAGUUAGAAAGAACAAACAUUGGGUCUAAGGAUCAACUUAUAAAGAGUGAAGAAAGCCGAAGUAGUUUAGAGAGUGAGAACUCAUCCUUGAAAGUUGAAGUUGUGGAUGUGAGAAAUCAAUUGGCAGAACUUCUCGAGACUUCACUGGCCUCUGAAAUUGAAGUUACAGUUAUGCGAAGUCAUUUCUGUGACAGGAUGCAGGAUUCCUUUGCACAACUUAAGACAGUAGAAAGAAAGCUUGAGGAGAUGACUUUAAAAAAUGCAGAUCUUACUGCUUCACUUGACAUACUUGCUGAGAAAGAAUCACUGUUAAUAGACAAAAAUGGAAAGUUAUCGAUAGUUCUUCAGUCAUUACAAUCUGAUUUUGAUAUUGUUUUUCGGGAGAAAGAGAGCCUUAUUGAUUACGUAAACAAAAAAAAUGCAGAACUUGAAGAGGUGCAGCUUAGAGCUGCAACAGUGGAAGCUGACAGUAAUUGCCAUAUGAAGAAAUAUGAAAGUGAGAUUUGUCAGCUGAAAAAUAUUAUGAUCUUUUGUGAAGAAGAAGUGUGCAACUUAAGGUCAUCUAGGGAUGCAUUAGAAAUUACAAAUGUGGUACUGAAAUCUAAACUAGAGGAACAACAUAGAAAAAUAUCAUUGCUUGAGGAAUGUGAGUCUCAGUUGAGGGCCUUACAAGAGCACAACGAGGAGUUUAGUUGUAGACUCUCAGAACAGGUAUUGAAGACAGAAGAAUAUAAGAACCUGUCCAACCUUCUAAGGGAACAAAGAGAUAAAGCAGAGGCAGAGUGUCUUCAGGCUCGAGAAAAGAAGGAGAAUGAGAGAUCAUCACAGGAGUCACUGAGAAUUGCUUUUAUUAAAGAACAGUAUGAGUCCAAGAUCCAGGAGCUGAAAAAUCAGUCGUUUGUCUCCAAGAAGUAUGCAGAAGAAAUGCUAUUGAAAUUGCAAAAUGCUCUUGAUGAAGUUGAGAGCAGAAAGAAAACUGAGGUUUCUCUAGUGAAAAAGUUUGAAGAGUUGUCAGAGAAAAUGUCUAAUUUGGAGUGUGAGCUAGUUACAGUUCUGACUGAGAGAAAAGAAUUAGCUAAAGCUCAUGAUAGGAUAACCAAUGAACUGGAGUGCACUGUUCUGAACCUCGAGUGUUGCAGGGAAAAAAGCCUAAAGCUUGAAAACUCCCUGAAGAAAUGCAAUGCUGAGAAGCUAAAGCUUGAGGAUUCCUUAAAGGAGUGUAAUGAAGAAAAAAAUAAUGUGAGAGUUGAGCUUGACCUGGUUAAGAGGUUGUUUGAGAAUUUGGCCUUAGAUGGAUCUGUUAACCAUGAAGGCAAUAGUGACUCUGAUUUCCCUUCCAUAACAUCAAUUGAGCAAAUUUUACAAGAUGACAGCUUUGAAUUGUCAGCAGUCUUCCAAGAAUUGCCAAAUUACAAAGAUACUAAUUUGGGAAUAGAUGCUUCAACUGUGGAUUUCACAAAUUCUCCAAAGAAUACAGAUGUUGGAGUUGUGCUGCCAACUAUUGCUGAUGAGAAAUCAUGUUCUUAUUCCCCUCCAAACUCAACAGCUUUUAAGGAUACUGAAAGUGCAUUUGGACAACAAUCCAAAUUCACGGAUAAUAUAACGGAUAUAACUGACAUUGAGGAGCACUUCAAAGAGCAGCAGAAGUUGAUGUCUGGCAUAGGCAUGCUACAGAAGGAGUUGGAGAAGCUAAGAAAUGAGAAUUUAUCAUCACUAAUUCCUUUAGAAGAACAAUUUCUAUCAUCCCAUCAGAUUUUAGAGAGAGAUUUAUCACAACUUGACCUGGCAAAUGAGCAACUGGGAAGCAUUUUUCCUUUAUUCAAGGAACUUCCUGAAAGUGGCAACGCAUUGGAAAGAGUACUUGCUUUGGAACUUGAGCUUGCAGAAGCAUUGCAGUCAAAAAAGAUAUCAGAUUUUCACGUACAAAGCUCAUUCCUGAAACAACAGGACAACGAGGCAUUAGUGUUCCAGAGCUUCAGGCACAUCAAUGAACUGAUAAAAGAGAUGCUGGAGUUGAAGACUCGAUAUACUGCCGUCGAAACUGAGCUCAAAGAGAUGCAAGGUCGAUACUCUCAACUCAGUCUGCAGUUUGCGGAGGUAGAGGGCGAGAGGCAAAAACUAGUAAUGACCCUCAAAGCUCGAGCACCUACAAGAUCAUAGCCCACAGGCCAAACUUGAUCCUCGAAUGCUACUUCCAUUUUCAAUCUUGGAAGCUAUGUUCAUUUCUGCUACUUCGGACAUAUGGUAGAUAUAGUAGACGGAGAAUAAGUGGCGAGGAAGGAUCUUUACAUGAGAUUUGGAGAUGCAUGAGCAGAAUUUAGCAUUUGAAAGAGAUCAUAUAUCAUGGUAAAGUAAAUAGACUUUGUUUGUCUCAGCCUUUGCGAGAUGAGCUUAGUAGCAUAAUAAUAUGUUAAUUGUCUACUAAAUGUAAUUUAUCAAGGCUAAGAGUACAAUCUUUCACAAAUCUUCAAAGUAAUAUAUAUCUUGAGAUCGUUUUUUUUCCUCGUUUAA